CUCCCUUCCUCUCCCCCUCCCUCCCCUCCUGUCUCUCUCCCUGUCUUUCCCGAUAUCUCUCUAUCUCUCGCUUUUUUUUCUCUCCCACCCUGCUUCGCCUUCCUCAGCGUCCUCCCUUGACAGAGAUGGCGUGUACUGGCGCUUGUAAUAAGUCGUCCGGGGCCUAGAGCUCACCGAGGAAGGGUCCACUAGCACCCGUUAUUCGUAUCAAGGAGCCUCGCUGGAUUUCUAUUUCUGCUGGCGUCCACCUGCUCCGCAGUCCGCCGACCUAGGCGGCCGGUUUAUGGGAGCCGGGAUCUCUGGGUUGCGAGGGAAUCGACGCCGACCUUCGCUGGAGCGCGGUGGUGCAUAUUAGCUAUGCCAAGCCUCGGCAUCCUAUAACCAUCUGGAUAUCUGGGGUUUCCGCCUAUCCGUCCAUCUGUCUGGUCUGUCCGUCUCUCCCCCCGCCACCGCCACAGCGUGCGGGGGCAACACAGGAAUGAAAAUCUGCGAUCAUGAUGCAAGGACUGAAAAACCGAACGAGGAAGGUUUUGGGGUUACGGAAGAGAGACAAGGACUCAGACUCCACGAGCUCACCUGACAAAGAAGGAAGUGGAAGUGGCGGGAAGAAAGGAAGCAAAAAGGCCAACGGGGCUCCCAAUGGCUUCUACGGGGAGAUCGACUGGGACAGAUAUGCCUCUCCAGACGUUGACGAGGAGGGCUUCAGCCUCCGACCAGGGGAGGAAGGAGAGGCAGCUUCCAGGGCCAAGCAGUUCUUCUCCUCCAGCGAGUCGGAGGACGAGGAGGAGAGCCGCAGGAAGUUCAAGAUCAAGAUCAAGCCGCUGGCGUCGGAGAGCGUCCACCGUGGAGCGCCGUCGGUGGACGAGCUGAAGGCGUCCGUGGGAGGCCUGGCCCUGUCCCCCGCCUUGAAGAGAAGUCCGAGACGAAGCCCGGGUCAGAUGAAGAGGAACCUAUCUUGUGAGGAGAUCGCCCGGCCCAGACGAUCCACCCCCACACCCAGCCCUGCUCCGGACAACCCCAUUCACAGACUGCACCAGAACGUUCCAUCCUUCUUCGGGCUUCCUCCCGAGCCCAGCUACCCCACAUACGACGUGGUGCCUGGGGACGCGUGGGGGGAGCCGCCCCGACCGCAGCCUGAGACCUCCUACAGCGGGGGCUUCCCCAUGGGAGCCCCUCCCCCGCUGCCUCCAAAGAACCUCCCCUCCUCCAGUCGCUAUGGUUACCCCCCGGACCCCCCCGUCGACCCCCCGAAAGGGGGAGGGGUCUCCCGAAGCUCCGCCCCCAUCUACCUGAACAUCCAAUCGCCCGUCUCCUUCCAAGACUCCCCUGACGAGGUGUUCGGGACCCCCCCCCCGCUGGGCGACGACGCGGCAGCCUCCCGCUGGGUGACCUUCGGCAGCGAGAGACCGCCCCCCCCCGAGGAGCCCGCCCCGCCCCCCCCGGAGUCUCCUCCCCCCGACACGCCCUCCUCCAGCCCCUCCCCCCCCUGCCUCUCGCCCGGCCCGCCCCCCAGCGAGCCGCCCCCCUCCCCCCCCCCCCUGUCUCCCCCCUGCUCUCCCCCCUGCUCCCCCCCCGACUCCCCCCCCUCCGUCGUGCUGGGCCCCCCCCCGGACCAGCCCGCGCCCCCUCUCCCACCCGACUUCUCCCCACCCACCCUCCCCCCGGGGGGGCUGGACGAGGAGGCCUUCGACGAGGAGGUGCGGGAGCUGGCGCGUUAUGCCUCGCCGCCCCCCCCCUCCAGCCCCGCCCCCACCAGCCCCGCCCCCCCGCUGCCGGCCGAGCGAUGGUCACCGUGGCGACCGGGGGUCCCGUCCCCACUGGUCCUGGGGGGGAGGAGGACCCCCGACGCGGCCUUCCUGAGGGACGAGCUGGCGGACGCGGCGGGGUCUCCCAGGGAGAUGACCCCCCCCAGGGAGAUGACCCCCCACAGGGAGGCGCCCGCGGGGUUCAGGGGCACCCCGCCGCCGCUGCCCCCCACCACCUACCGGUCCUUCACGUCGUCCCCGGGACCGUACUCUGGCAGCGGCCUGUCGUCUCCAGCACGGCCAGCCACUCCUCACUCAGCAGGGAGUCCUGUACCCCCUCCUCCUCCCCCUCGCCCCUCCUCACGGCCAAAGCUGCCCCCCGGGAGGCCGAUGGCUGACCAGGUGCGGCCCUUCAGCCCCCCGGUGGCGCCCAGCCCCCCCCCCUUCGCCCCCCUGGCCCGGGCAGAGAGCUCCUCCUCCAUCUCCUCCGCCGCCUCCACCCCCACCCUGGGGAGGGAGCUGCUGCCCAACACAGGUACUGAGCGCUGCCAGCCUCUGGUGUGGUUCGACAAUGGCAGGUUUUAUUUAGCCUUUGAAGGCUCGUCCAGGGGGCCCAGCCCGCUCUCAGUGGGGCUCCAGGACACUCUGCCGGUGGCGGCCGCCUUCACAGAGACCGUCAACGCCUACUUCAAGGGCGCCGACCCCAGCAAGUGUGUGGUGAAGAUCACCGGGGAGAUCGUUCUGUCGUUCCCGGCGGGCAUCACCAGGCACUUUGCCAGCCAGUCUGCCCAGCCCAUCCUCUCCUUCAGCAUCAGUAACUACCACCGGCUGGAGCAGGUCCUGCCCAACCCACAGCUCCUCUGCUGUGAUUCAACGACAGACACUGUGGAGAGCAAGGAGUUCUGGGUAAACAUGCAGAACUUGAUGAGUCAUCUAAAGAGGGUGGCGGAGCAGAAGCCCCAAGCAACGUACUACAACGUGGACAUGAUCAAGUACCAGGUGUCCUCGGAGGGGAUCCAGUCCACCCCCCUGAACCUGGCUCUGAGCUGGCGCGGCGACCCCGGCAGCACGGACCUGAGGAUCGACUACAAGUACAACGGCCUCGCCAUGGGGGCGCCCGCCCCGCUGCACAACAUCCACUUCCUGGUGCCGGUGGACGGCGGCGGCGCCAAGCUGCAGGCCAUGGUGCCCCCCGCCACCUGGAACCACGAGCAGCAGACCAUCCUGUGGAAGAUCCCCAGUCUGUCCCCCCGCUCGGAGAACGGAGGAGUAGGGGCUCUGCUGGGCCGGUUCCAGUUGACUGGAGGUCCCAGUAAACCCUCCCAGCUGGCGGUCCAGUUCACCAGCGAGGGGAGCACGCUGUCGGGCUGUGACAUCCAGCUGGUGGGAUCGGGCUACAGGCUGUCCCUGGUCAAGAAGAGGUUCGCCGCAGGUAAAUAUCUGGCGGAUAACUAGUGGACGCGGUCUGGAAUAAAGCCAGGAGAACAGAUAACAGGUGGGACCGCGGAGAAGAGAGGCUGGCUGUUGUCAUCCCAUCUUCAGAGCACACGACUGCAGAUGCACCUGCCGAAUUGUGAACCUUUUCUUUUGCUUUUGUUCAGCCGCUGUGGAAUUACUUGAGUACAAUCAAACACGAUCGCACACACACAGACACAACUGACACGCAAAUACAGAAACACUCACAGAUACACUCAAGAAAACAACAUAUAGAUAUGGUUUCAGGCGAGUACAAAUGGUCCUUAUAGCGGUACCAAUAACUGGUAUAUUAGUGAUGUUUUCAUUUGUUGGAGAUAAUUUCUGUCCCCAAAAUAUUGUUGAUGGAUUCAUACGGAGAUCCGGCCAUAAUUACCUUCAGCUUUAAGUUUAUUUAGCUGGUUGUCGGAUGACUUCAAUCAAUAGUAGCCUAAUCAUUUCUAAAACAUCCUCAACCAUGAGCCUUAUUUUUCUCCCGGCCAUUGUGGUUCUCAAGCUAGCAGGAUGGGUGAGACUGCCCCCCCCCCCCCUGCUAGCGCUUAGAACCCUAGAUGGAACCAAGAUGGCCGAUAGGUGGAUAGGGCUGUUGACAUCUUGGCAGCUCGCGGCUACACAGAUGCCUGCUAAUGAGGUGCAAUGAGAUCCAUGGCUAAUAGUUUAAACUGCCACUUCGGAUCUGAGUUAAUUCAUCUCCGGGACGUCAUCUUUCUCUUGCUACUUAAACAGGACAUUGAAUCGUUUAAUUUGUAUUUAUAUAUAGAACAAUAUCAUGAUCAGGGAUAGUCUUCAUCCAUCCUUUAUGCCCUCUAGAGGAGUUUACUCACUAAGUUUGUUUCCAUUAUUAAUUGAUAUUGUAUACGUCUAUAUGAAUUAAAUUAGAUUAAAUACAAUUAAACCACUGGCUAAAACUAUGAGCAAAAAAAGAUAUACAAUGACUGUAAUGGAAAGAAAAACUGAUAGAUCAACAUGAAAAUAAUCAUUGAGUGGCUGCUCUCAACAUGAAGCAGAUAAGCAGCAUAAUAAUAAUACCUUCCGUAAUAUUGACCCUCGGUAUGUGAAUCCCGACGUGCCUCUGGAAGGGCAACGCUUUGAAAGGAAGACCUUUUCCUCAGUUGUUGGGUUGUUUUAUUAUUUGUGAAUGGUGAUGAGUGACAGCUUAGUCCACGGACUUGAAUGGAUCUGAGCUCCUGCAACGAGCUGGAUGAGGGAGAGGGAAGCCUCGGCAAUCAACAGAGCAGCCCUGUUCACGUCCCCUUGUCCUCCUUGUCUUGUUUUUUCUUUCUGGUUUUUCCACCGUGUGGAGUAAAUAGUUGUUUUUAUCAUUUUCUAAUAGCAAUAUUUAAAUGUGUAAAAAAUGUACAUACGAUAAAAAAGCAGUAUGUUUAAAAAAAGUGAUCUCUUUGAACAUAUGGACGUGUCUUUGUGGUUGUCAGUUGAGUUUCAAUAUUAACCGUUCAUAAUGCAUCAAGUUUCCGUGACGACACAUGUUCCUGCACUUCACAUAGGCGUAUUAUUUUAGUGUGGAUUUCUUGUGAGAAAAAAAAAUUAACGUACAAACAAGGUAAACCGCAAAUGUGACUUCCAAAUGAAAGUAAUAGUCCAAAUGUCACUGCAUGAAAUCUGCAUCAGACUGUUUGUCCGUACCAUGGUUAACAUUUCCUCCCUGCUCCAGUUCCAAAAAGUUCUCAUCCAUUUCCAAAUGGUCCUGACUUCCCUUCCAAAGUAUUCUGAUGCCAUUUCCAAACGGUUCCGAUGCCAUUGCCGUAAUUUUCGAGUUCCACACUUAACUGCAGUCGAACCAGGAUUUGAAGGGGGAACUGCCCAUGAUCUGUAGCCCUACCCUCUUUGCACCUUCACAAACCAACUCUUUGCGCCAUUAUUUUGGCAUGCAUUAAUAUAGCAUCUCAUGGUAUGUCUGCAGGUUGUUAGCCGUACAUGCUCUCUCCGUGUCUUUUUAAUUUAAUUCAGUCUUUGAAGUCAUGAAACACAAACUGUCACACAUCCUUUGUUUUGAGGAAGUCAGAGAAUUGCCUGUUUCAGAAUAAAUGCAUUGGCUUGAGAAAAUAAAUGAGAGAAAUUUCAUUCUAGGAUGUUUAGAUGUAUGGAUUUGACUUCCAAUCUUUUUUUAAGCUCUACUAGUGUUUGCGAAAUAAUGGUUAAACGCAGUAGUUCAAAGAUUUCCUGUUAAUUAUUUAUUUUUUAUUUUACAUCUGCCAAUGUUUGACUUUAUUUUGGGAUUCUUUCUUGUAUGUAUUUUGAACUAAUGUACCCUGUGUUUAAUUCAGUGCAUAAUACACAGAAUAUGCAAACAUUUCAUGUAAAUUUCCCAUCCAAAGAUUUUGAGAGUAAAUAAAUAUAUGAAAAGUAAAUAUAUACCUGUUUCACUUGGUAAUAAAGAAGGAAAAUGUUGGUCA